AUGUUGGAGCAUUUGGCCGUGAAGACAUGUGAACAUGUGACGACCGUCAGGUUGACGACGAGCGCCAGUCGCGCCAAAGCAUGGAGGCUUGCCAUCCAGUGUUUGGUUGCAGGUGUACAGCCAGACCUCAUUGCCACGAGUGCAGCUGCUGCUUCGAUGCAGUUGCCACACCAAGGAGUUGUGCAUCUCCUUCAUCAGCUUGACGCGAAUGCAGUGGGCUGCGUUAGGUGGCAGCUUGGUGCCACAUCGGUCGCAGAGUGCAAAAAGGAGAGUGAGGUGGUUUUGUUCUGUGGCAUUUAUUCUGUGAAGACGCGUGUCCAGUCAAGUGGCCGUUGCGCACGGUGUUUCCGUUGCUUGUUCUGCUGUGGACGGAAGAGAUCAUCAAAUCCAUUCCAAAGCAACCGAGAUCAGCUCCAGGAGCGGAGAUCGCCAGGUGCAGUGGCCAUUGGGAGGCCCGACACGUCUCAGCGUCGGAUUUGA